AUGGAUGAUGAUAUUUGCAAUGUUAUAUAUGUGGACAAAAAUGUCUACGUAAAUCGAUUACUCAGGUCGCCCAUCACAGAUCUGCACGAGACCGGUGAUCUGCGAGCUAAUCUGAACCUGCUUUUAAAUGCCUUCGGUCAUGUUCAUUUGUGUAAGAAUGGCGCCGAGUGCAUGGAGAAAAUUGCCGAUUUACACAGCACCUCAAUGGUUGAACUAAAGCCAACACUUGUACUAAUAGAUACACCGCAUGAUGAGGAGCCGCCUGAAGUGAUACCUGUGUCACGGGACCCUUCACCUUGCUCAAAAGUUGCCUCCAGCGAUCACAGUGAAGAUGGCAUAGGACGCGAUCUCUAUGGAUUGGCGCUUUUGGAGAAAAUUGUAUAUGAGACGCAUUUGAAGAGUCUUUCCAAACUGGUUGUACCGAUCCCUGUCGUUCAAUUCCCUUCGCUACGAGCCAAACCAUCGAUAAAUGGAAUCGAGCAAGAUUCACCACAGUCUACAGAUAUCGGACGUUUUUUGAAGUCUCACGGUACCUCGGACAAAACGCCGACGGGCCGCGCUCUCGUGCGAAGGUGUCUUGAUUCAGGUGCUGUAGAUGUUAUGGCUAGCCCAGUUCAUGUUCACACACUCACGACACUCGAGGGCCAUGCAUACCGAGCACACAAAGAAGCAUCCAAGGACCAACAAGCAUUACUUGAGAUUCGAAGGGGGCGGAAGCGGUCCUGGGUUGGAAUACACGAAGAAAAGCCAUUUGCAUAUUUGAGAGAAGCCAUGGUAUCCGCGCUGAUGGGUGGAAUCUGUCGCUCAGGUGAAGAGAAUGAGAGUCGCAUCUCCGCCGUGAGGAUUGAUAUCUCGCCCAAGCGUCGCAUGGAUAUCGAAGAAGCCCUAGGCAAAUGGCACUUCUGUGCUCCUUGCUAUGAUGAUGACUCGCUUCUAAUCGCUGCAGCUCUGAUGUUCGAACAUGCGUUAGCGAUGCCAGAAUUGGAAAAAUGGCGGAUACCCACAGAUCAACUCAUAACGUUUCUUGUCGCGUGUCGUGCGGCGUACAAUCAGUUUGUACCAUACCACAAUUUUCGACAUGCAGUUGAUGUAUUGCAAGCUACAUUCGAUUUCCUCAUUCACAUCGGAGCUUUACCGCCGUAUCGAUCCACGCCACAAUCUCUGCCCACUGCACAGAGGUCGCAAAUCACCUGCUUGCUAAAGCCAUUCGAAGCUUUGACUCUUCUUGUUAGUGCUAUUGGUCAUGACGUGGGCCAUCCUGGUGUCAAUAACGGCUUUCUUGUCACUCUUAAUGCUCCUCUAGCCCAGUUGUACAACGACCGUUCAGUCCUCGAAUCGUUCCAUUGUGCGGCUUACUCACAGAUUCUUCGGAGGCAUUGGCCCCGAGUAUUUGAGGACAGAGAAAUGCGCACUCUCAUGAUUAGCUCUAUCCUCGCCACGGAUAUGGGACUUCAUUUUGACUAUAUGAAGAGGUUAAACGAACUUCAGAAAGAGAUAAAAUCGAACCCCUCAAUUAACGAGUGGCCUGACCGCACGCGCGAAGAGCAGAAGGCGCUGAUAUGUUCACUUUUGAUCAAAUGCGCCGAUAUCAGUAAUGUAGCUCGCCGAUAUGACGCUGCCUUGCAGUGGAUGAAUAUUCUCUGUGAUGAGUUCUCUCGGCAAGCUGCGAUGGAAGAGGAGAUCGGAAUCAAAUCGUCACUUAUUCAGCCACCCAAGAAAGACUUUCGGUCCCUUGCCAAAGCUCAGCUCGGCUUUGUGAAGUUGUUCGCCAUCCCCUUAUUUCAAGGAGUAGCUGAAAUAUUACCUCAGAUGCAAUACACAGUCUCAGAAAUCGAGAAGAAUACAGGCUACUUUGAAAAGACACUCGAGAAAAUCCAGGGUAUGGACGAAGAUUGCGAUCGUAUUUUCACGCAGCAACCACUGGAUUCAAAGAUAAUGAAAAUGGUCGAAAACCUAGCCGCAGAUGAGAAAGACUGGCUUGCAAUGGGAUCAACCGACCUGGCUCCAGCUUCUUCGAACCUGGAUCGAAUGAGGGAAGCCGGGUCUGCGCCUCCCUACAAACUGACCCGGGUCCCUGAUAUGUCACGUCAGUACAAAGAAAUCAACGCCCUCACUACUUCCUUUGACAAUGUUACAGAUUAUCCUGUUAACGGCGCAUUCCACCCUGGUGAGCAUGAGGAUGGGCCUCUAAGGCGUAAUGAAAAACAACGCUCAAGCAAUACUACCGAGGGAAGCAAUUCUGUCCCGUGUUCUGGAGACUGGCAAUCUCAGGCCACAAGCGCUACCACUGGUAAAAUGCCGCUUUCUCCAAGCACGCAGGGAACAAGCAUCGUCAGCCAGGACUCUGUAGAGCGACCAUCAAGCGACCCAACAACAGCAGUCACAGCGCCGGACUCAUCCCGGACCACAACGCCCGUCGCAGUCGUGGAUUCAGCACCGGCGUCGGAGGAAGAGUCCAAUGGCACCCUCAAGCCUGAUGGCACUCUUAAGAAGAAAACGAGCCGUUUCAGGAUGAACGUCUCGAAUCUCUUCAGGAGGAACAAAGGCGCGAGUUCCCCCGCUUCUGGCGGAUCAGGCGGCUGA